CCCAUGGACCCGUACAACAAACAGCACCCCUUCCGCCAUGUGUCUGUUGUUUUGGUGAAGUCGGUCAGUUCAGUGAGCCAGCUAGCCAGGUAGCUAGCGUUAGCUCACGUUAGCUAACUCGCUGCGAUGUCAAGGUGGCGCGGGCUGCAGGCGAGCCUGCGGGCGGCUCGCGGGUCGCUUCGCGGGACGCAACGAGACGCGUGGCCGCGUGGACACGCGCCGUGGAGCCGAAGCCUGAGCGCGAGCACGGCUCUCCGGAAUGACUUCUUCAAAGACCUGGAGACCCAGCUGGCGGCCGCGAGGAAGAAGGCGUCGGACGCCCUGCCGGGGAGCAGCUGGAGCCCCUUCGAGGCGAACCCCAACCUGCCGCCGGAGAGGGCCGACAUCGUCAUCGUCGGAGGGGGCGUGGUGGGCUGGUCCAUCGCCUAUUGGCUGAAGCAGAAGGAGCGGGUGCGAGAAGGGGUGAGAGUCCUCGUGGUGGAGAAGGACCUGACGUACUCCCAGGCCUCCACCGUCCUGUCCGCCGGGGGGAUCCGACAGCAGUUCUCUCUGCCGGAGAACAUCCACCUGUCCCUGGCCUCCGCCCACUUCAUGAGGAACAUCAACGAGCACCUCGGCGUGCUGAACGAAGACCCGGUGGACCUCCAGUUCAACCACUCCGGGUACCUCUUCCUGGCCACUGAGAAGGCGGCUCACAUCAUGGAGGAGAACUACAGCACCCAGAGGAAAGCCGGAGCCGAAGUCUCUCUUCUCUCUCCGGAUCAACUGAGGGGGAAGUUUCCGUGGAUAAACACGGACGGCGUGGCGCUCGCCUCGUACGGGUUGCAGAACGAGGGCUGGUUUGAUCCGUGGACUCUGCUGAACGCCUUCAGGAGGAAGGCCAUCUCCAUGGGCGCCAUUCAGUGCUGCGGGGAGGUCACAGAUUUUAAAUACACAACAAAGCGGAUUUUAACUAGUAACGGCGAUGAAAUGGAUCUCAGGAGAAUCAAAUCUGUCAAAGUGCAGCUGCCCGGCAGUCUGCAGUACCAGCCGGUGGAAUGUGCCAUCGUGGUGAACGCGGCGGGGGCCUCCUCCGCCCGACUGACGGAGAUGCUGGGGGUCGGCUACGGGGGCGACGCCGCCGGGACCCAGCUGCCGGUGGAGCCGCGCAAAAGGUACGUGUACGUGGUCCACUGCCCGGACGGACCGGGCCUGGACACGCCCUUCGUCAUUGAUUACUCCGGGGUUUACUUCCGGAGGGAGGGGCUUGGGGGGAACUACAUCGCCGGGACGUCGCCAGAGGAGGGGGAGGAGCCAGACGCCAGUAACCUGGAGGUGGACCACCAGUUCUUUGAGGACAAGGUUUGGCCCAGCUUGGCUCAUCGCGUGCCAGCCUUCGAGAAGCUGAAGGUGACGAGCGCGUGGGCCGGUUUCUACGACUACAACACCUUCGACCAGAACGCCAUCAUCGGGACGCACCCGCUCGUCACCAACAUGUACUUCGCCACCGGCUUCAGCGGCCACGGCCUGCAGCACGCCCCCGCCGCGGGCCGCUCCGUGGCCGAGCUCAUCCUGGACGGGAACUUCACCACGCUGGACCUGAGCGGCCUCGACUUCCGCCGCAUCCUGGCCCGGGAGCCCAUGCUGGAGAGGAACAUCGUGUAGAGGAGGCGAGACAACACUCCGAAGAAGCCCCGCGAUAGUAAAAGCAGCGACGACACGGUGUGCAAAUACUAUGAAUGCAAAACUUUUACUUGUAACGAAGUAUUCGUAUCAUCAGUGAUGGAUACCAGGUUACCGCUGCUACAGUCGCGACCGGGCGUCCGUGCACCCGCGUGCACACGUGCGUCUGCUUCAGUGACCAGGGUGAAGAAAAAUGAAGCCAACAUGAAUACAAAUGUUCAAACGAAUCCAAAAGACAAAACAAAAUGAUGAUCCUGAAUGAAAGUGUGCAUGUCACAUUUUCAUCUUGAAUUGAUGUGUAACUGCAGAUGAUAUUCAAAAUAUAAGGUUAAUAAAAUAGCAACCAGAAAAUGACCAUCCACAUGUACUUAAAAGUAACAAAAGGUAAAGUGUGUCGUACGAUUUGGUUCUUCUGGGGAAAGCAGCAUCGGGUCGGUUUGAGUUGCCGUGGGCGACUGUGCACCAGGUGGAGACAUUUCUGUGGGAUUCUAAUGAUGGAAUGUCCUCACAUUUAAACCAAGCUGUUGCAAUCAUUCAUUUAAGUGAUUAUUAUAUGUAUUCAAAAGAAAGAUUGAGAACAGAUCAGAAUAAAAUCUGCAAUUUGCAAAUUUGACACAGUGAUGAAAACAAUAACAGAGAUGGUUAGUAUGAGUUCAAACUGGAAAAAAAUACCACGUUCUAAUGGAACAUGAGAAAUAAAUUCACCUCACUCUUGUUUACUUUUAUCUCAUCACAUAUUAAUUUGUCUCAUUAUGACGUGUUUAGUUGGUUUUGUAAAAAGCCACACCUUUCUAUAAAGCCCUAAAUGACGA